AUGUCGCUGCCACCGUCCCAGGAGGACCAGGUCAUCGACGAGCUCCUCGAGCGGUACCUCGGGCUCAUGGACGAGUACGCCGCGCUGCGCGCCGCCCUGGCCGGCUCCCACCAGCGCACGCUGCACGCGCUCGCCCGCGCGCGCUUCACCGGCGACCGUGGGGCGCGCUUCGGGCCGGACCAGUACGACGACCGCAUGCGGGCCUCGCGGCGCGUCGCCGUCGUCGGCUCACAGCCAGCGUCCUUUUCCGUGGUAGAAGAGGAGGCGGUGGAGGAGGAGGGGGGCGGAACUGCUGCUGAGGGGGGGGCGCAGGACGAGGAGGACGCGGAAAGGAAGAAGAGGGCGGCGAAGAACCCGCUGCGGUGGUUCGGCGUGCUCGUGCCGCAGGCGCUGCGGGACGCGCAGACCGAGGCCGUCCGGACGGUCGAGGACGUGGUGCCGCGGCUGGCGAGCGUGCAGGCGGAGAUGGCGCACGUCGAGAUUGAGGUGCGCAGGGCGCGCAAGAGGCGCGCCAAGGCGGGUAAGAAGCAAGAGGCUACAAGCAACGUGGGCCAGGCGAUUUCUACCUCGUCGUGA